AUGGCGGAGUGCGUUACACGUUACUCACCCAGUAAAUGCAUUGGGUCAUCUAGCCAAUUACACUUGUCACUUAAGUGCACUACCUAUAUCGUCUCACUUAUUAUAUUCAGUCUCUUUUACAUAAACGUUACAUUUAAAUGCGAUGUUAACACCGAACCACAAAUUUUGACAUUAACUUUCAAAUCGCAUUCCUGUACAUUGGGCAAACUAUUGAGUUGUGUCCUGCACAACGUGUUUUCUUCAGUUCUGACAUGUUCUCAAAAUAGCAUGUCUUCGCUGCCCAAGCUAAAGAUCAAGACAUGA